UGGGCCGUCUCGUCUGUUAAUAGUCUGUACCUUCCGUUGGUUUGAAUCCACCGCUAUAUAAGAACGUGGAGCGCGAUCCUCAUUUUCUCUCUCUAACCCAGAGCGCUUUCUCUCUAACCCAAAACAUACACACUUUCUCUCUCUCCUCUUUUGACAGAUAGCGUAGUCGGAUACACGUUAAGUGGUCGUUAUGGGAGCAGUUGUUGAUGCUGUAAACCAGGAUCUUAAUGGAAGCUUAGCUGAGAAGAAUCCUACUGUUGUUUUUGUUUUGGGUGGCCCAGGCAGUGGAAAGGGUACCCAGUGUGCAAAUAUUGUUGAACACUUCGGGUACACUCAUCUUAGUGCCGGUGACCUUCUGAGAGCAGAAAUCAAAUCUGGCUCAGAAAAUGGCACCAUGAUUCAGGAGAUGAUUAGAGAAGGAAAGAUUGUUCCUUCAGAGGUAACCAUUAAGCUUCUCCAAAAAGCAAUGCAGGAAAGUGGAAAUGACAAAUUUCUUAUUGAUGGUUUUCCUCGUAACGAGGAAAACCAAGCAGCAUUCGAGAAAGUUACAAAAAUUGAGCCAGCAUUUGUCUUGUUUUUUGAUUGUCCAGAGGAAGAGAUGGAGAGGCGUAUUUUGAGUAGGAACCAGGGAAGGGAAGAUGAUAACGUCGAAACAAUCAAGAAACGUUUCAAUGUUUUCUUAGAUUCUAGUCUCCCUGUGAUUCAGCACUAUGAAGCCAGAGGAAAAGUUAAAAAGAUUGAUGCUGCAAGGCCUGUUGCAGAUGUUUUUGAGUCAGUGAAAGAGAUUUUUGCCCCAAAAAAUGAGAAGGUAAAGGGUUUCGGCCAUAUUCUGAGGCUGAGUGAGUGCUGCAUUUGUACCUAAGAUUUGAAGACAUACUAUCUAUUGAGGUGAUGCCGUUGUUGGCUGCAUAUAGUAGUAUUCAAUUUGCAAGGUUUUUUUUGUUUGGGGUCUAUUGGCUAUUAUUGUUUUAGAAGGGAGGUAGUUUACAUUAAAAUGAGACAUAUCUCUUUAUUAUCAUCAUUAUUAUUAUUCUUGUUGUAUCCUCUACUUACAAGACAGAUCGU